CAAAAGCAUGUCCACCUUGGGUACACACACUUAUGGCACUGCUCGGGGCAAGUGCCAUAAGUGAGCUGAAUGGUUUUCAACUACUCGUAACAACGACUGAGAAAGCCAUCCGGAACCAGAACCGCCUGAACGGUUCCGGGAGCAAACCGUUCCCGGUUGGGUUGGAGGAUCUGCCUAAAACUGAGGUCCGGGUUUGAAUAGCUGGGGCGAGGCUUCUAGCACAAGCCCUGCGCCUCAGAUCCUACUCUGCACUCGGCGACAGUCUGAGAGAGGACAAUCACCCACGUGGACCGCUGUGGCAGACCUGUUCAAGGUGUUUGAACAACUAACUCCACGUGGACUCUGGAGAAGUGCAGAAGUAGACCGGAAACCCGAAUAUUCCCACGCCAGAGCCCUAAACAUGAGGCCCGAAGACUGACUGCUGCACCCAGUACCGGCCACGACCCGACCUCCCCAGAAUGCCCAACAGCUCACCCACUGUGGGAAGCACUCCGCUCGCCGCCAGUUCCGCGGCCAUUUUGCCUCGCCCUCUAGGGGCGGGGCGUCGGGGCGUGGAGUGACGUUCCACGAGGCACGGCCCUCUGCGGAACUGGAUAUAUAUCCCGUCGCGCCCCGCGCCUUCCCACAGUACCCAGCGAUGGCGGCUAUGGAGGCCGGUAGGCCUGCAGUCUUGCGCGUGAAGCGGAAGCGCAACGCGGAGCCCGCAGAGGCUCUCGUGCUGUCUUGUAAACGCCUCCGAAGCGGCGAGGUCGAGUCCUCUGCUCAGGAGACGCCAGAGGGUCAGGAGACAGCGGCACAGAGAAAUGUCUUCCAAUUGGUUGCAACCGUGCGGUCCCAGGAGGAGCCAAUCCAGCAGCUUGUGCGGGCUGCUCUGCGCCCGUCCCGGAGCAGCCAGCUGCGUAUCCGCCGCGAUCUUCGUGCUUCGGUUCGCGAGGUCCGUAAAGAGGGCCGCUACAGGGUAGUCUCCAGCCACCGAUCCUCGGGAACCUCUGACAGUUUGGAGCCUCAGUGUGUGUCAGAAGCUGGCAGGGACGCAGGCUUCCAGGUGUUGGACCUGGUCCACGAGGAGGAAAACCCAGAGGCUGCUGCCACAGACUGCCGCAAAGCAUUUGAUCCAGAUGUGAUUCUCUGCAAUUCUGUAGAGUUGAUCCGUGAGAAGUUGAUUGUAUCUGAGGAUGGAUCCCAAGCAGAACACCAGGAGGAACCAGAGCACAGUAAUGACUAUGUAUAUGACAUUUACUAUACAGAUACGACCCCUCCAUGGUGGAUUAUGGACAUACUGAACGUGCAGCCCUACAUCCAGGAAUGGGAGCUGGUGAAUGAUGAUGAGCAGCCAGAAGAUAUUUAUGAGGAUGAAGAUGAUGAAAACAGUGAGAAUAACUGGCGCAAUGAGUACCCGGAUGAAGAAAGCAGUGAUAGAGAUGAAGACUCCAGAGGCUCUGAUGAACACAACAGCCUCAGCGAGGAGGAAAGAAGCUGCAGGCGACCUGUGUGGAGCAAAUAUCCUUUGGAUGUACAAAAGGAGUUUGGCUAUGACAGCUCCCAUGAUCUGGAUUCAGAUUGAUGGCCUGCUGGUAUUUAUGAGAUUCUUCCACGGGCCUUUAAGGCUCUGACUACAGAGUCAUCUUAGGAUUCCUAACUCUGAACAUGUGGAAAGAACUUUUACCUCAGCACAGUGAGGACUUCCACUUGUAAGUGAUAAGUGAAGCCAAGCAUGCUGGGUCAUACCUAUAAUUCCAGCAUUGGAGAGUUUGGGAGCCAAGAGGAGCACUGAGAAUGCAAGGCCAGCCUUUAGACUACCUGGACGUUCUAUUUUUUUAAGAAGUGAUCUUACAAUAAAGUGAUGUAAAACCUCCAA